UACGGCGGCGCCGUGAAGAAGAAGUGGGCGGUGAACUCGGCGUUCAUGGCGCUCUACGCCUUCGCGUGCGUGCUCGUCUGCUGGGUCGGGUGGGGCUACCGCCUCUCCUUCGGCGACAAGCUGAUCCCGAUAUGGGGCAAGAUCAACGUGGCGCUCACCGAGCACUACCUCCUCGAGCAGGCCUUCUCCGGCAAGUUUCCCAACGCCACCAUGGUGUUCUUCCAGUUCGUGUUCGCCGCCAUCACGCUGAUACUCAUCGCCGGCGCCGUUUUGGGGAGGAUGAACUUCUACGCGUGGAUGCUUUUUGUUCCUCUCUGGCUCACGUUCUCGUACACCAUCGGAGCGUACACUAUCUGGUCCACCGGAGGAUGGCUCGCCACCGCCGGAAUGAUUGACUACUCCGGCGGAUACGUCAUCCAUCUCUCCUCUGGAGUCGCCGGUUUCACCGCUGCAUACUGGAUGUCAGAUGAUACAAAAAUUACAGGGAAAGGUUUUCCUCCGAACAACAUCUUACUAAUGUUGGCCGGAGCGGGGUUGCUUUGGAUGGGGUGGACCGGAUUCAACGGUGGAGAUCCUUACGCUGCUAACAUUGAUGCAUCAUUGGCCGUUCUCAACACUCAUGUGUGUGCUGCUACUAGUUUGCUGACGUGGCUUAUACUCGACAUCGUAUUUUUCGGGAAAGCUUCCGUCAUUGGAGCCGUUCAAGGCAUGAUCACCGGCCUAGUUUGCAUCACACCGGCAGCAGAAUUAAAUAAAUAUAAGUUGUCUUUCUUGAUUGUAGGAGUUGUACACGGUUGGGCGGCGAUAAUAAUGGGCAUAUGCUCGGGUUCGAUCCCAUGGUUCACCAUGAUGGUGGUUCACAAGAAAUCGGUGAUCCUCCAAAAAGUAGACGACACAAUGGCCGUUUUCCACACCCACGCAGUGGCCGGAACCCUAGGCGGCCUCCUAACCGGCCUAUUCGCUAACCCUAAAUUGUGCAAUUUGUUCUACGGAAAAUACGGUCAAUACGUUGGCUUAUUCUACGGCUUCCAAAUGGGGGAGUACCACAACGGAUUCAGACAAAUCGGGCUUCAACUAAUCGGCGUGGUCUUUAUUGUUAGUGUUAAUAUCGUCACGACGAGUUUAGUGUGUCUUGCAGUGAGAUUCAUUGUGCCUCUGAGAAUGACCGAGGAGGAUAUGGAGAUCGGAGAUGAAGCUGCGCACGGAGAGGAAGCGUAUGCUAUUUGGGGACAGGGCGAUAGAAACGAGAACUCUCGUUUUUCGACUUAUAACGAUGUCGAAAUAAAUGGAUCAUCCAAGGCUAAAGGGCAUGUUGAGAUGACAUGA